AUGGGUAGGAGAAUAUUCUUUGCUCAACAAGACAAGGUCGCCAAAGAGAAACGCCGCAAACAUUUGGAGCAAAGCGGUUAUGUUUUCGGAGCGCAUGCAAAUGAAGAUGCCAUUCGAGAUAAGGACAAGAGGAUACCUAAGACCAAGAGGAUGUACCGGCAAUAUGCCGAACUUUGGAAGGACUUCCUUGAACAAAACGGGAUACGAGGCUAUGACAAUGGUCCGGGUUCCAAGGUUCCAGAUCAUCAGCUCAUCAAGGAGUUUCUCCGUUGGUACAUUCAUUCCACCCGAGGACGACUAAGUAAAAAUGGGCGACCAGUGGUGAAGUCAGUUUUGUCGUGUGCAGAGCGUUUUUUUAGUGGCCUCGAAGAGGAAAUGCAAAUUAGCGUUGGGCUGGAGGAUCGGAAAGAAAUAUUCAACGAGUUAGCGCUAAACACAAAGCAGUGGAUCCAAAGGUCAUUGACAGCAGAAGGAACCAUUAAGAAAAUCAAUUCUCUAAACAAAAGCUUUACUAGGAAGGAUUUCAUCAGAACAGUCUCAUCUCUGUGGCAGACCGAUCAUCACCGCUUUAUACCGGGAUUGCUCAAAGUCAUCAUCUUGCUGGCUCUUCAACUAUAUCUCUUCACUAGAGCGAGAAUUGGAGCUUUUAUACCUUCCCAUGAAGAUAAAAUACAAAGAGGUCUUCGAUACAAGAUUUGGCAUUGGGAUCCGUGA